GUGGGGUUUGUGGAGGAAGAUGGCGGCCUCCUGGGCCUCAACACUGAAAGUGGUGUCGCUGAGAGCGGUCACCCCCUGGUGGAGCAGCAGGCUCCUCGCCGCCUCCGCUGGACCUCAGGCGCAUCGGGAAGUGUCGUCCUCCAGCCCCAAGGCUGGCGAAGGGCAGAUUCACCUCACCGAGAGCUGUGUCCAGAGGCUUCUGGAAAUCACCCAAGGGUCAGAAUUCCUCAGGCUGGAGGUGGAGGGAGGUGGAUGCUCCGGAUUCCAAUACAAAUUUUCACUGGAUACAGUUAUCAACCCCGACGACAGGGUAUUUGAACAGGGUGGGGCAAGAGUGGUGGUUGACUCUGAUAGCUUGGCCUUCGUGAAAGGGGCCCAGGUGGACUUCAGCCAAGAACUGAUCCGGAGCUCAUUUCAAGUGUUGAACAACCCUCAAGCGCAGAAAGGCUGCUCCUGUGGGUCGUCCUUCUCUGUCAAACUUUGACAGAUGACCCUGAGAUUCCCACCACUGGUACCGAUUUGAGGAGCCUGGGAUUAGUAGAACUUUAGUGGUUUCCUUCCAAUCAUGUUCCUCUCUUAUCUCUUAAUUUCAUUUCCAACCAUCCAGAAGUGUUUCUAGUAUUUUCAGAAUGUGAAACUUUUACUCUUGACUUCAUUUCUCCUGCACAGUUUUAAGGUUAUGGCUCCAGUGGCUAUUACCUAAGAUUUAACAACUAGUUGAAACCCAGUAUAAUCUGUAAAGCCUCCACAGUUCCAAAAUUUGAGUUACUUCUCUGGCCUUCAGAGCUGCUUGUACAGCUAUGUAUAACAGCUUCAUUUUAAAGAAAGUCCUUAUUAACUUGUAUUUUGGGUCAGAGGCACAGAUUGGGUAUCUUGAACAUUCAUUACUAGGCCAGAGGGGAUGAGAAAGGCAAACAAAAUGUUCUCAUUUUCAUUUCCCCCUCCUGAAUGUUCUGGUUGACUUAUCCUUAUUAUCUCUGCAGCUUGUGUUCCACUUCCCAUUUGGUAGGGCAGAUGCAUUUUCUUCUUAUACUCAGGAAUCUACUAAAACCAAAAAACCCCCCAAACAGGCUUAACCCCAGCUGAUACCUGAGUCACUUGAAAAAUAGCUUCCAUACUCCCACAGACAUUUCAAGAUUCUGUGAUCACUUUGUGACCGAAUCUUUUAAGGGUAUGUUGCUUUACUUAUGGUGCAGAACAUCUCUGGUCUUGCACAUAGAAAGAACUUAUCUCUUAGUUGGACUAGAUAGUAGAUGUUUAGGGAUUUUCUUUUAUGUUGGAUAACCAGAUAAAAUGCAGGAUGGCCAGUUGAAUUUCAUUCAGAUGAACAACAGGUUAUUUUUAGUAUAAAUAUGUCCCAAACAUUGCAUGAGACAUACUUAUAGAAAUUAUUUAUUAUUUAUCUGAAAUUAAAAUUUAAGUGGGCACCCUGUAUUUUUAUUUGUUUAAACCUGGCAACUUUAGGGUCACUGAAGGAAAAGCAUUUCAAGGCACAAAUUCCAGUGAAUUUUAAAAGUACUUGCUUGGGUUUGGCAUUUAAAUAGGUUAUAGAGCUAGAAAGAGUUGUGUGUGUGUGGCUGUUAGAAAGAGUUGUGUGUGAGUCAGAACUUUGUGGACAAACAACUGAAAGACAAACAUACCACCACCCUGAUGAAUGAUGUACAAAUGCUAAUGAUGGGGAAACCACAUCAAAUUGAUUCUGGAAUAAUUGUCGAUUAAAUCCAUCUUUUCCUUGCAAGCCUGAAAAGUUUGUUACAGCAAAAACUUGCAUUUCUGGACUGGAUGGAAACCCUGCUAGACUAGAUUAGAAUUAAGUUGUUAGAUAAAAAUAAAAUCUAUUUCCAUUAAAAAUGGAAAUAUAGACUUUAGAGACAAAGAAUCUAAGAGAGACACACAGACACUCACAUUUUUAACAUGGGAAGAUCUAGGACUGAGAGAAGAUAAACCUGUCUUGUGUGUGUGAUGUGCACCAAGAGGAAAGGAGGGGACACUCAGAAACCUGAGCAGAUUUCUUAGCAGAUUUUCAUGGAUGGAGGCAGAAACCAGUAUGCCGUGAAAGCUUCUGUGUGUAACAUCAUUGAGACAUUGAAAAUUGUUGCCAGUAACUGGGCCUGAAAAGAUUUUCAGCUCACUCUAUGUCCUUUCAUCCUCAAAAAGACAUUUUGGUACAUUUAAGUACCAGAAUAUUUUUGUGGGUUAUUUAUUGAUAUGGGGAUUUAAAAACUCAGUGAGCAUAAGCAUAACAGCAUUAGUAGCUAAACAUUGGAUUGUGGUGAUAAAUUAGGCGGGAACAGGCUCCCUUGGAAUGCCUACAGGUAAUUAUUAUUAAUGGGAAAAUGGAAUUUUGUGUUCAGAAAGGGUAGGUUUACAAGAAAUCACCUAUUUCACACAAAGCUGUGUGAGGGAACCUGAAGUAACAAGAACUCUUCCACUGCCCUGGCCGGGCAGCUCAAUUGGUUAGAGCAUCCUCCCAAUAUGCCAGGGCGCAGGUUCGAUCCCCAGUCAGGGCAUGUAUAAAAAUCAACCAAUGAAUGCAUAAAUAAGUGGAACAACAAUUCAAUGUUUCUCUUUCCCUUCUUCUUUCUCAGAUCAGCUUUUUAGAAAAGUCUCUGUAGGUGGGUGAUACAGAAAUUUUAGGAACAAAUGAUACCAUCAAGGUGACAGUAAGCAAUUUACUUGGAAUAAACAGUAAUUGACAUACAACAGGUUUAGGAUCUUUCGCAGGCACUUUCUGACCAGAUGCCUGCUUCCUGGCAGGCCAUAAAAGCAGACACCUUCACAAAUGUUGCUCAUUGAGCAAAUUCACUGAGAAAAAUUAGUCUUCCAGCAUCAUUUAGAGGGUGUGAGUGUGUGUGUGUGUUGCCUCCUUUUAAGGGGAGGUUAUCAAGGCCCUAUUGCAGAAUUGAUUUUAUUUAACUAUAUGCAAAAAAUUACCUGGGGCAGCAUGUGCCACCCACCGCCUUUUGCUUUAGCAAAACGUGCAGGAACCAAAGGUGGGGGAGCCCUGGAUCUACUUUAUGUUGUGAAUAGCUUUAGAGGGAGCCCCUAGGUCAACAUUCAGAUCUUACCUUGUGGAAUAACGCUUUAGUUAUGUGAUUGAUAGUGACUAGUGGUAUGUGAACUUCAGGGGUCCCACCCACCCUUGGUUCCUCUGUGUGGUAUGUAAAUUUUAGGUGUCUAACCCACCUUCCCUUCUUUCAUGAUUAGGGGAAAACGGGCUCAGAGUUAAGAUUAGGAAGAACUACUAAAGUAGGUGUCUGAGAAGAUACUCUUUUUUUCUCUUUGUUCUGAGAAUUGAGCCCUGUUUUUUUUUUUUUUACCAUUUGUCAGAAAGCACCCAAGCAGAGGGUGGCCGUUUGGCAGGAACAUCCUGUGGAGAGGAGGGGGCAGCUGUCCCUUAACCUCGGGCCCUGAGCUGAUGUGAAGCUUGCACUGUCCACUGCAACAUUAUGGUUCUGUGUGUUUGUUCCAAAGGCAGGAAACGACUUUUCUAGGGAUCUAGGCUUGAUAUUUAUGAUUGCUUUUUAAAAAUACCCUCACCAAGAAGUUAUGUUUUAUUGAUUUUAGAGAGAGAAACAAACAUCAGUUGCUUUCUGUAUGCUCCCCAACCCAGAAUCAAGCCCGCAGCCUAAGCUUGCGCCCUGACUUGGAAUUGAGCCCACAGCCUUGUGGUGUGCGGGACGGUAUGCUCAGCUGCUGAGCCACCUGGCAGGCCUGUGAUUGCUUUUUAAACAUCCCUGUCUGCCAUUUUCCCAUAGGACUGCUUAAGGGAAGUUUGCUUUGAGAAGUUUCAAAAGAAUAAUCAUCUGGUUUUAAUUGAAAAUAUAGUCAGGUGCCUAUAUAUAGAGAAAAAAGGAACAUUUAAGUAGUGUAUACCCAGCAGGUGUAUUUAAAAAUAUUUUAUUUUUUAACAGAUAAUACAUAUACAAAAUUCCAAGAGGCACAGACGGGGAUACAGUGAAAAAGUGUCCCAAUUCUGUACCAAUCCAUCGUGUCAUCCUCCCCACAAAUCACGUUGUUUCUAAGAAUUUCACCCACAGGCAUAAUCCCAUAGAUGUAACAUGAAAUAACAUUUGCAUGAGAAUACUCAUUAUAGCAUUAUUUUUAAUAGCAAAAGGUAGGAAACAAUGGAAAUGUCCACCAGCAGGGAACUGAUUAAAUAAAUUAUGAUUUACCCAUCCAAUGGAAGAGUAUACAUUUAUAAAAUAGAAUAAGCUCUUAUGUGCAAGCAUGAAGCAAAAAAAAGGCAAAGAGUAGAACAGCAUGCAUAGUAUGCUGUUUGUGUUUGUAGUACAUGGACGUGUGUGUGCAUGAAAUAUCUCUGGAAGGGCGGACAAGGUGAGGGUUAGGAGGGGGGCCAACGGAGCAGCAUUGGAUAAAGUGAAGUGCCGGCGCUGGCCGGGUGGUUCACUGGGUUAGAGCGUCAUCCGUUUGCAGGUUGGAUCCCAGGUCAGGGCACGUACAGGAAGUAACCGAUGAGUGCAUUAAUAAGUGGAACAACAAAGUGAUGUUUCUCUCUCCCUCUUUCUCUCUGAAACCAAUUAAAUGGAAAGAACGUGUGAUGCUAAUGGCAUAUUGAGGAAUGGGAAGACGUUCUCUGAAAUGAGGGGGUGUGAGGCAGAGUCAGUGGGUGUCCGGUCCCCCCCUUCUUUGGUCGAGUGGCGGCGCGUGUCACACUGUGUCACACUGCCCUCCUUCCCCUUCCACCCACGUCAGCAAGGCAUCGAGAGCCAGUUUUCAUUCAUACUUUUCUGUUUAGGGUUCCAUAGCAAUUAAUUGCAAUGUUUUGCUAUUACAAAUAAUGCUAUAAUAAAUAACCUCUUACAUAUGUCAUUUCACAUUUGGGGGGAAUAUAGCUGAAGAUUAAAUUCCUAGAGGUAUAGUUACUGAUUCAAGGAAUGAGUGAUUUUGAAAGACGUUUUUAUAUCCUCUUCAGAAGACUUCUGUCGACUAUAUUUGUGAGUGCCUCUUUCUACAGAUGCUUGCCAGCUGAAAAUUAAAGUGUCUCAGUGUGGUUCAA